AUGCAGUUAACAAUGUCAAAGGGAUUUAAUAUAGAGAAAGCAGGCAAAAUGCUUCAGAAAGAAGAACAGUUUAUUUCACAAAUAUUGUCUAUAAUGCCUCUGUCGACGCGUGAAUUGGCUGAAAAAAAUUGUUUAUCAUCGAAAGAAGAAGUGUCUACAAGAAAAGUGAAAACUUUUACUAUACCUGGCAAGAAAACUAAAAGAGCACAUACUUUUGAAGAGUUACAUGCAAAAUUGGAGGAAUUAAAGGGUAUAAAGAAGUUGGAUUAUAAACAGAAACUUCUUAAGAAAACUUUGAAAAACAGAAUCAAGAAAAAAACGAAAAAAGAAGAACAUUUAUUACAGAAAAAGCUUGCUAGGAUAGAACAGAAUACAGUUGGUGGUAUCAAAAUAAAGACAGAAAGUGAAGAAGUACCAAAAGUACCGAAAGCAAAGCCUGUUUUUAAUUCAGAGGGUAAAAUGGUAUUCAGUAAGUUUGACUUCUCUGAGAUUGGUGUAAAAAAGAAAUUACCUAAAAGUCAGAAUGAUCCUAAAAAGAUAUUGCAACAGUUGCAACAGAAGAAAGAAAAAUUGAAGCAAUUGGAAGAUUUGGGUGAUAAGGAAAAAGCUGAAGACAUUAGAGAGAAAGAUGCGUGGAAAUCUGCAUUGGCAAAAGCAUCUGGUGAAAAAAUUAAAGAUGAUCCUGAGUUGCUGAAACGUACCAUAAAACGGAACGAGCAGAAAAAGAAAUACAGCGCGAAGAAAUGGAAUUCUAGGAUAGAAAAUGUACAGAAAUCUGUGCAGGAAAGGCAAGAAAAACGACGAGAAAAUAUUAUGAAGAAGAAAAAGGAAAAGAAACAGAAUAAAUUGAAAAAGGCAGCGAAGAAAGGACGCAUAAUAUUGGGAUCUUAACUAGAGGCUGGUCAGUAAAUGAUUGGCAGAUCUAGGACGAGUGCUUCGAUACAACUGCCGUCUUCCACCUCCUGCUAGGUAUCACCUAACGCUGCAGAGACUGCGUUAGCAUGUGUCAAAGCUGUCCAUAGCGGGCUGUGAUCCACAGGCAAUGGCACCGCCAAAGAUUUCGAUGGUCGUGGAGACCUGUAAAAACAGGAAAUAAUACAAACACAUCUGAAAAUGCAUCAACAUUAUUUUUUAACCAUUAAAUUAGUUUCAAUAUUUUAAGCUUUUUUUGCUUUCUUCAUAUAUUUUUUAAUCUCUUAUUCUAUUUUGUAUUCCAUUAUACUCAAUUUUUUUAUAUAUGUGCUAUCGAUCAAAAUGUCUCACUAACGAGAUGUGUUGGAAAUAUCAUCGAUACUCAUCGCUUAUAGAAUUUGAUGGAGCUGAUAAAUACUCGUCACGAGAGAGCAAUAAAAAUGGACAUGUACCAAUAUUUUUUACUCGAUAAA